AAUCAGAAUAGCAGGCUAGUGAAUUUAAUCAUUGUUGCAACCAGUCCCGGUUGCAACAAUGUAUUUGGGUCUCAUUCGACCUUAUGUACUUUAGUAGACUCUGUUGAGAGAAGUAUUGACUUUAUCUUGUUUACAAAGAUAAGUGAAGAAACUGCUGAGGAGGGAAAGCGAGCCUCAUGAGUUGGCCUGGCGGAUCUCAGCGACGUUAUGGAUUUGACUAAAAUGGGUAUGAUCCACCUCCAGAACCCCAACCACCCCACGGUCCUGCUGCAGAAGGCCAACCAGAUGCGUCUGGCAGGGACCCUCUGCGACGUGGUCAUCAUGGUUGACAGCCAGGAGUUCCAUGCUCAUAGAACCGUGUUGGCCUGCACCAGCAAGAUGUUUGAGAUUCUGUUUCACCGCAACAGCCAGCAUUACACCCUGGACUUCCUUUCACCAAAGACCUUCCAGCAGAUCCUGGAGUACGCCUACACUGCCACACUCCAGGCCAAAGUGGAAGACCUGGACGACCUGCUGUACGCAGCAGAGAUCCUAGAAAUCGAGUACCUGGAGGAGCAAUGUCUCAAGAUCCUGGAGACCAUCCAGUCCUCGGAUGAUAAUGACACGGAGGCCAAUAUGAACGAUGGCGGCACGGAGGAAGAAGACGAGCGCAAGGUCCGGCAAGGAGGGAAGAACGCUAAGAAGCAUUCCAUGGAGGGGAGCUUCCUUUCAGCCACCCAGCAAGCCUCUGCCCUAGACCAGAGCCCCUCCGUCUCCACAUCCUUUGGGCUCUCCACCAUGAGCCCAACCAAAGCUGCUGUGGACAGCCUGAUGAGCAUCGGCCAGUCCCUCCUGCAGCAGGGCUUCGGGGGAGAGCACCUGACUCACGGCAACUCCCACCGCCAACUGAUGACCGAGAUCAAGACGGAGAUGAUGCAAGUGGAUGAAGGCGGAGGCCACGAGAGCCCCAGAACCAUGGAGUCCAGCGCCUCCAGCAAUGGUGAGAGGAGCAACGAGUUGGACAAGAACCGUGAUGGCCCAGGGACCCCGACCAGGAGCAGCGUGAUCACAAGUGCCCGCGAGCUGCACUACGUCCGGGAGGAUGGCAUGGGCGACCCCCAAGCAGAUGGUAGCCAAAUGGGUCUCGAAGCCAUGGCUGGCAUGACAGGCAUGACUGAGAAACAGCUGACCUCCCUGUACUCUCUGCCUCCCAAUCAUAAAAACGAAGUUAUGCGAUCCAUGCCGGCCUCCAUGGCCUCUUCUCUUCACAUGUCCCCUGCCCUGGCCAUGUCCAUGGACUUCAGUGCCUACGGGGGACUUCUGCCCCAGAGCUUCAUUCAGAGGGAGUUCUUCAACAAGCUGGGGGAGCUGGCUGCUGGCAUGAAGCCAGAUGGCAGAAACCAGCACGAACGCUGCAACGUGUGUGGCGCAGAGCUACCAGACAACGAAGCUGUAGAGCAACACCGGAAGCUGCACAGCGGUAUGAAGACCUAUGGAUGUGAGCUGUGUGGGAAACGCUUCCUGGACAGCCUACGCCUUAGGAUGCACUUGCUGUCUCACUCAGCUGGUGAGAAGGCCAUUGUCUGUGACCAGUGUGGGGCCCAGUUCCAGAAGGAGGAUGCUCUGGAGGCUCACAGACAGAUCCACACAUGCUUGGACAUGGCCAUCUUCUGUCUGCUGUGCGGGAAGCGUUUCCAGACACAGCCGGCGCUGCAGCAGCACAUGGAGGUCCACGCCGGCGUGCGCAGCUACAUCUGCAGCGAGUGCAAUCGCACCUUCCCCAGCCACACCGCGCUCAAACGCCACCUGCGCUCGCACACAGCAGGUGACCAUCCAUAUGAGUGCGAGUUCUGCGGGAGCUGCUUCCGUGACGAGAGCACUCUGAAGGGCCACAAGCGCAUCCACACCGGGGAAAAGCCCUACGAAUGUAACGGCUGUGGGAAGAAGUUCAGCCUCAAGCACCAGCUGGAGACCCACUACCGUGUGCACACAGGUGAGAAGCCGUUUGAGUGCAAGCUGUGCCACCAGCGAUCUAGGGACUACUCGGCCAUGAUCAAACACCUGCGCACCCACAACGGAGCGUCGCCCUACCAAUGCACCAUCUGCCUUGAGUACUGCCCCAGCCUCUCGGCCAUGCAGAAGCACAUGAAGGGCCACAAGCCCGAAGACGUCCCCCCAGACUGGAGGAUAGAGAAGACCUACCUGUACCUCUGCUAUGUCUGAGGCCUCCAGACGACAGCCCGGGGGAAGGAAGGAAGGAAGACAGGCAGAGGAGGAGGAUGGGGCUGAGGAAGGAAGGGGAGGGGAGGACGAGGACGAGGAGAAGGAGGAGGAGGACGAGGCCUGUGGCAAAGAAGUCAAGCGAGAUAAUCCAUGAGAUGGAAGCACAGGCGGUUUUUGAAUGCGAAGAGAGCGAAUGAGCAGAGGGCAAAGGUGGACACAGUGAGGAAAAGGGCUGUGCUAGGCGCAGGAAAACUGAGGUUCUGACCGAGAGGACAUUUCCCCUUGAAAUUCAUGUCGUUCAGUACAUCUAUCUAUGUUUGGUUCGGAGUUGUCAAAUUGCCUAACGCAGAACCCGUCGGUGCGUCGAUGGAGUUGUCCUUAAGUCUACCCACAGACUUGAGAGAUGUCACCCAAGCCACACUUGUAACUGAACUGAUUCUCAAAGGCUAUCUGAACCCACACCUCCCCAUCAUUUUGACCACUGGCUCUCCCUAAAUGUAGUUUUGACACCCUCGCCUUUUCUGGAAUGGAAUUGUAUCCUACUGUAACUUGGGUGGGUCAUUGCUCUCGUUCCAUGACACAGUACUACAGAUCCCCUCCUGAUUUGAUUGGAUUAAACUGGACACCAAGUCAUGUUCUGCUUGAGGAACAUGUUGCAGUUGGCCCCUACCCAAGCAAUUGUUUACCAGAGUGCUCCAAAAUGGAGUCUUCGGACCUGGUGGAGAGCACACAGAGCACUUAGAACCCUAUAGUGGAGUAGUGCCAUUCAGAUAGCCCCCGAGAAUCAGAGCCUAAGGGCCAGACCAUGUGGCACAUUUCAGCCAGCCCUAUGGAAAAAUAGCACCAUUUAUUGUACUGCAUUAGCCGAAGCUAAGUUGAAUUUGAUUGGGGCACAACACCUUUGUACCCUUGUACAGCAAGGGAGAUGAACAGAGGAUGAUAUUCCCAUAUCGGUCAGGUUUCACCGGAGCCUCUUGAGAGUCAAACCGUGACUGUCACUUUUUUCAUCUCGGUAUCUUUGGCUCCGCAUCAUAGUUUAUCAUAGCUUCAUUGCACAGGUAAAGACACAUUACGACGACAGUCUCUGUUUGAUGUUUAUAUCAGAUCUAUUUUUGAGGGUUUUGCUCGCUGCGAAGCCGCUGUUCUUUUAUCUCUUAAACCAUAAAUCUCUAGACAGCAUGAACUGGAGAUGUUCAUUUUUUGCCCGCUAUAGAUACUGGACUGAUAUUAAUAUACGUUUAACCAGAUUAUCAUCAAUUACACUAAGAUUUAGUACAUGGACUGACUCAUAACAUUUAACUAUUUUCUCACAUUAAUAAUCUCAUAAUCUCUAUAUGCCAUUGUGAUGGAGACCAAAAUGACAAAGGCUGCUGUGGAUUGCUCCAAGGGGUGGUCGUAAUGCCUUCAUAAUGCAAUUAUAAGGACAUAUGGCACCUGUUAUAACAGGACAUAUAUACUGUUAUGUCGCGUGAAACCAUAAAUGUGACACCAGGUGGAAAAUUGUGUUUCAUGCGUAAUUGUAACAGUGCUAUAUCAGUUGUCAUAAGUGUCAAAUAUGUUGUCAUAAGUUGUCAUAACCUGUUACGACAAGCAUUUUAUCUGUUCAUAUGGCAGCACAAUGAAGACAUUAUGAGCACCACUGUCAGUUCAGUGUUACCAUGGUAAUCACAUAUCUGAAUGAUUAGCGGGAGAGGGGGGGUGGGUGGCUUCACUGAUUGGAAGAGACAUGGCCUGCCCAGCCCAGGGGGCGACCAGUAAGAAGACAGAAUAAAUCAACUCUAUAUAUGGUUUUGUUCCUUCGCUUUGUCUCUGUUUCCUAUUAUGUCUUGAUUUAGCUCAGCACAUUGUACUUGAAUUACCUCGUUUGUUUUGUGACCUCAUGUGCUUGUGUUUUUAUUUCUUGUAUUUUUUUAUUUUGUGUGUGUGUGUGUGUCCGAAAGCUGCGUUGUUGCGCGAGGGAGAUGUGACAAAGCAAUGUGUACGCGAAAAUUAAGUGCCACGGUGAAAAGAGAUUUUUAUUGUUGUGUAUUUUUUGUGCAUUAUUGUUACCAAACUUGGUAUUUUUUUAUGAACCUUGCUUGUUGAAAACCUGGUGGGGUCGGUCAUUGUUUAAAAGCUACCUCUAAGUUGUUUUGUUUUAAUUUUUGCAAAAGCACAUUUGUUUUCUGUGUGUUCUGCAUUAUUGCAUCAUUGCAACUUCAUCUCAUUUGUCUUUUCACAUCUGUAUGUGACAUUUCUAUAAAGGGUAAGAGAUGGUAGAUAUUGUUUAGAAAAAAAUGAAAAUUAAACAAGUGUUUAUUCUUCUCUUACAGUCUGCGUUUGUCCUCCCCUUACAGUAACCUUAAGAGCAGUGACGAGAUUUUAAGGCCUUAAGUAUGGGGUAAGAGGGAUGAACGCAGUAGAAGAAGAAAUAGUACUUAUAAGAGUUUAAAAAAGCAUUAAACUUGAAAAUAUGUGAAUAGAAUCGUAGUUUUGUAAUGUGAAAAAAAGGUCAUGUACACAGCGAUGUAGUGUGCCCUGGACAAUUGGGACUGCAAGUGGUAAUCAAAGAAGAAAGGAAGGUUAGGAAAAAAAGAUCCUCUUGGUCGACAAUUUCUCUCAAAGGAAUGUAUUCCUGAACAAGAGCCAACAGAGGCAGUUUGAUAUAUAAAAAUGGUGAUAUUUUUGUAUUCGGUGUCAGUCCCUUUCCAUUUGUCGAGAGUUUCAGCAGGGCAAAUAUUUGUAUUUCUUUUUUUUUUUUACCUAGUUUUUUUCCUCUGGUUUUGAAUCUUUUGCCUUGCUCCUCUUUGGUUUUG